AUGAAUGCAGAGACGGAACACGGUAAUAAUAGUAAUAACAAAGAUAACAACACAGUUGAACAAGGGAAUGGCGUUUCUCGCCAGGAAGAUUUAUAUCCCCUAGCAUUAUUAAUGGAUGAAUUAAAACAUGAUGAUGUUGCAAAUAGAGUAGAAGCAAUGAAGAAAUUGGACAUUAUUGCUAUUGCACUUGGUCCUGAAAGAACAAGAGACGAAUUGAUCCCAUUUUUAACCGAGGUAGCACAAGACGAUGAAGAUGAAGUAUUUGCUGUAUUAGCUGAUGAACUAGGAAAAUUUGUUCCUUAUGUUGGUGGUUCCAAAUUUGCUACUAUUUUGUUACCUGCUUUGGAGAUCUUGGCUUCCACUGAAGAAACUUUAGUUAGAGAUAAAGCUGUUGACUCAUUAAAUGUUGUAGCCCAAGAUUUGUCAGAUGACCAAAUUUUGAAUGAAUUUAUUCCUUUGGUAGAGCAUUUAGCUACUGCUGAUUGGUUCUCCUCAAAAGUCUCCUCUUGUGGACUUUUCAAAGCUGUUAUUGUUAGAGUAAAAGAUAACACUUUAAGAAAUAAUUUAUUAGCUUUAUAUCUGCAAUUAGUACAAGAUGAUACCCCAAUGGUUAGAAGAGCUGCAGCUAAACACUUAUCGGGAUUAAUAGAUUUAUUUACUGAAAACACAAAUUUAGCUACUGUGGAAGAUUGGGAAUAUAUAUCUACUAUGUUUCAAAAGAUAAGUACCGAUAAUCAAGAUUCUGUGAAAUUUUUAGCUAUUGAUUGCUUAAUUUCUAUCUUGAAAUACUUCAACAUUAAGAAAGAUACUACGCAUUUUAAGGAUUUAUUAGAAUCUGCUAUUAAAUUAAUCACUGAUGAAGCUUGGAGAGUUCGUUAUAUGGCAGCUGAUAAAUAUUCCGCAUUAGCUACUCAGUUUGUGGUAGAUCAAUCGUAUAUUAAUGAAUUAUUGCCACCAUUUUUAUCCCUAUGUGAAGAUAAUGAAUGUGAUGUUAGAAAGGCAAUUGCAGAACAGGUUCCAGCCUUUGCAACAUUAUUAAAGGAUUCUCCAAAUAUUAUAUCAACAAAGAUUAUUCCUGCUGUACAGAAUUUGAGUAUAGACGAAAAUGAAACAGUUAGAGCGUCAUUAGCAUUGAAAAUUACUAACUUAGUCUCAAUUAUGACAAAGGAACAAGCCAUUGAACACCUUUUACCAAUUUUAUUAAAUAUGUUAAAGGACGAAUUCCCUGAAGUAAGAUUAAAUAUAAUUGCCAAUUUGAAAGCAGUUAAUGAAGUAAUUGGUAUAGAAAUGCUAUCCGAUUCACUGUUGCCUGCAAUCACUGAAUUGGCUAACGACGUCAAUUGGAGAGUAAGACUGGCUAUCAUUGAAUAUAUUCCAGUAUUGGCAGAACAUCUUGGUGUACAAUUUUUUAAUCAACAAUUAAGUGACUUCUGUCUUUCAUGGUUAUGGGACACAGUAUUUUCAAUUAGACAAGCUGCAGUCAACAACCUAACAAAAUUGACCAAGAUUUUUGGCCCAGAGUGGUGUCGUGAUGAAAUCAUAUCAAGAUUAUUAAAAUUUGACUCCCAGUUAUUGGAGAAUUUUAUUUAUAGAUUUACUUUAUUAUCUGCAUUAACAGCCUUAGUUCCAGUUAUAUCAUUAGAUGCAGUGACUGAUCAAGUACUUCCAUUUGUUAAACACUUAGCUGAUGAUGCAGUUCCUAAUAUAAGAUUUAAUGCAGCCAAAUCAUAUACUGUUAUUGUGGAGGCGCUAGUGACAAAAGAUAAACAAACGUAUUUAUCAUUGAUUCAAGAUACAAUCUUACCAUCUCUUCAGAAGCUUAUAAAAGAUGAUGAUAUUGAUGUCAAAUAUUUUGCUCAACAAAGUUUAAACAAAUGCAAUGAACUUCUCAAGUAA